UAUUCGAUCUCGGCAUGUAGGUAGCGUCAACUCCCAAACGGCGGCGUUUUGGGAAAUCAGCUGCGAGACAACAAACAAAAAACUUGACAAGAAAAACGAGAGAAAGAAAAUCAAACUAAUGAAAUACACACUCUUUCUCAGUCUUUAAUUAAUUCCUCUUCCGCCUGACUCAGAUCAGAUCCGUUUUCUAUCCACAAACAAAGAAGCAAAUUCGUUUCUUUGUUUCAAGAAAACAAAGAAAUGUCAAAUUCGCAUAGCGAUACGAUACCUCUUCACCCCUCGUCCCAAUCGGACAUCGACGAGAUCGAGAAUCUAAUCAAUGCCAGCGUCCAAUCCGGUCCAGCCACUGUCCUCCCGGCCCGCCCUCCAAGCCCACCUCGGGCCUCCAUCCCGGUCUCUUCUUCCCCCUUCAUCCAGUCCAAAAUCCCUCCUCCGCCUCCGCAGUCUUCAUCAUCGUCCAAUCAUAAGGUGCCGUCUGUCCCUGCUGCCCCUCCUCCUCCUCCCCCCGUCGGUAACUCUAGCAGCAUCGUGGCCACCGGGUUCGGUCCUCCGCCCAACACCCUAACGGAGCCUGUUUGGGACACCGUGAAAAGAGAUCUGUCCAGGAUCGUUAGCAACUUGAAGUUGGUGGUGUUUCCGAAUCCCUACAGAGAAGAUCCUGGAAAGGCGUUGAGAGAUUGGGAUCUGUGGGGUCCUUUCUUCUUCAUUGUCUUCUUGGGACUCACGCUUUCGUGGUCUGCCUCCGUUAAAAAGUCUGAGGUAUUUGCUGUCGCAUUUGCACUGCUUGCAGCUGGUGCUAUAAUCUUGACAUUGAAUGUUCUACUACUGGGUGGGCAUAUCAUUUUCUUCCAGAGUCUGAGUCUUCUUGGUUAUUGUUUAUUCCCUCUGGAUAUAGGAGCCCUUAUCUGUUUGUUGAAGGACAAUGUGAUAAUCAAAAUGAUUGUGGUUAGUGUGACAUUGGCUUGGAGCUCAUGGGCAGCCUAUCCUUUCAUGAGUUCAGCUGUGAAUCCAAGGAGAAAAGCACUUGCACUCUAUCCUGUUUUUCUUAUGUAUGUAUCGGUUGGUUUUCUCAUCAUUGCCAUUAAUUGAAGUUCUUCCCCUAUAAGGGUUCGAAAACAGUUACAGAAACUUAUAUGGAGUAACAUAGUAAUGUCAUGUGGAUGUGGUUACUGUAUUUUUUUUGGACUUGACACAAUGUCUUGGAAUGCUCAGUUGCCAAAUAUGAUAUACUGUCUGUAUCAAAUCCUUUUUUUGUUCUACGUCGUCUUAAUUUCUCCA